AUGUGCGUUAGUGAACAAGACGUUCGACCAACGGGCGCACGUUCGCUGUCUGAGAUUCUCCGCAAUACCAAGAAGCCCGAGAUCCGUCCACUGCGACAGUCGUUGAGCCCACCCAGCAGCGUCACCGGUAAUCUCGGAAUUGGAACUGGAACUGGAGCUGGAGCUGGAAACGAAAACGAUAAUACCAGAUCUUCUUCUGUGGUGGCUUCGGUGCCCUUUUUGGUGCAGGACGUCCAUUCCGUACAAAAUGACCGCUCGUUUUUCCCGUCCGGGCCCAUCCGUACACCGCAGCGGUACGUGUCGGCCGUCAGAAAACCAACGCCGUUCUCGACACCACCAACACAGCAGUUGCCAAUGCAUAGCCAGCACCAAAACCAGCACCAAAACCACCACCACGACCAUAGCCAUAGUCAUUCGCCUCUACCAAGAACGCCCAGUGCCACGAUAAACGAGUGUCAUCUGUGCGGGAAGACGUUUACGCGGCCCAGUGCUCUGACCACGCACGCCCUGAUUCACACCGGCCGUCGACCAUGGGUGUGCGACGUUGAUUCGUGUGGUAAACGGUUCAAUGUCAAGAGUAACUUGAUACGACACAAGAAGACUCACGACAAAGGCGGGGGUGCAGGGGUGUAG